CUGAACCGUGUAAUAAUGGGAAUUCUUACACGAUAUGUUUACUACUAUGGAACCGAACAGAUAUGAAUAAUACAAAUUGUUGUAAUAAUUGAAUCUGAUGAAUUUGAUUAUGCUGCACUACAACAAGCAAUCUUAGAACACAUGCUCGGAUUGAAGGUUGAUUGAAAUAGAUAUUCGUGUGGUUUAUGUGAAUAUGCUAAUAUGUUGGCGGCAUAUUAUUUUCAUAUGAUUUGUUCUUUUAUAUACGAACUAAUUUAAAUCUUUACUUUAAAAAUUAAUAAGGCCAAUUUAUCCUUAAUAUGUGUCAAUGUCUUGAUCUUUAAAAUGUUCUUCCAACUCUUAAAGUCAUUAUUUCAGAUAGAAUGGCGGAGAUAAUUAAAGAUAAAAUAAUGGAGACCUUUUUCAUGAAGGAAGAAAUAAAAGAAGAAGUGUUUGAGAAUAAUUUAAUGGAUUCAAACAAGAAUGAAGUAAUUACUCCUUCUACUGUAGAGGAUACAUGUAUUGUUUAUGCACAGGAAGAAGAUGUCAAGAUGGAAAAUAUUGGAGAUGAAGAAAGAAUAGCGGAGGCAAGCAAAGAAGAAAUUAAUCUUGAAGAGUUUGAGAUGAAAGAAUAGACAGUUUUCAAGGAAGAAGAAAUCCCUCCCUCCUCUACUGUAGAGAACACAUGUUCUGUUUAUAUACAGAGAGAAGAAUUAAAGAAAAAAGAGUUUGAGAUUAAAAAAGUGACAGUUUUAAAAGAAAAAGAACUCUUUCCUUCCUCUUGUAGAGAACACAUGUACUGUUUAUGUACAGGGAGAAGGAAAAAAAAGAAAGAGUGUGAGUUAAAGGAGGAGAUGGUUUAUAUCAAGGAUGGAGAAUUUACUCCUUCUACUGUAGAGAGCACAUGUACUGUAUAUGUACAUGAAGAAGGUAUAAAGGAGGAAGAGUGUGAGUUGAAGAAGGAGAUGGUUUAUAUCAAGGAUAAAGUAAUUACUCCUACUGUACAGAACACAUGUACUGUAUAUGUACAGGGAGAUGUCAAGAUUGAAAAUACUGGAAUCCAAGGUGCAAUAGUUCUCAAUGAAGAGGAUCCUCUGCUGGUUGGAUCAAAGACAACCAAGAAGAGGAAACUAGAAGGAGUGAGAUAUCCAUGUGAUAAAUGUGAGUUUCUGCAACCAGCCAAAGUAAUCUUAGAGAACAAAUCAAGAAUAAACACGAAGGAGUGAUAAAUGUGAAUAUACUGCAACUAAACCGAAUAAUCUUAAAAGUCAUCUAAGCAGACAUGUCAGUAAACAUGAUGAAGAAGGAUAUCCCUGUGAUUUAUGUGAGUAUGUUGCCUCGCAUUCAGUUAAUUUAAAACGGCAUAUUGAAAUUAAACAUAUUAGAGUGAGUUAUCAUUGUGAUAAAUGUGAGUAAGCAGCAACAACAGCAGCUAGUCCUAAAAUACAUAUUGGGAAUAAACAUCAUUCUCAAAGAAGGCGGCUGGUCCGCCCUCAAUAAGAUUAUAAUAAAAAUCCCAUUUUGUUUGUUUUAAUUGUAGAUUUUUAAAAUUGGUUUUUUGAAUUUCCUCACGAUCUAAUUCCUUUUCGACAAUUUUUGAUUGAAAAUUAUAUUUUCAAAUUUUUAUUACAUUAUUUCU